AAAAAAAACAAGAAAAGAGAGAGUACGCCUAUAUAUAAAUCUCUUUUUUUUUUGGUUGUUAUAUAUACAUAGUUAGAUACAUACAAGAAAGUUCCCCCUCUUUAUUAAAUAAAUACCCCUCCAACCUCUCUUACAUUAAGCUCUAUUGUACAUAAGAAUGUCUAUCAACAACGAAAACAAGUCAUGGGCCGGUGCUAUUCCUCCCGCUCAAGGUUUAUAUAAUCCUGAAUUUGAAAAAGAUGCCUGUGGUGUUGGUUUUAUGGUACAUGUCAAAGGUGUACGCUCCCACAAAAUUUUAUCUGAAGCAAGUUACAUUUUAUGUAACAUGACCCAUCGUGGUGCUAGUGGUGCUGAUAUUCGUGAUGGUGAUGGCGCAGGCGUCAUGACGGGCAUCCCUCAUGAAUUCUUUGUAAAUGAAACAAGCCGUCUUUUGGGUAUCUCUUUACCUCCCGAAGGUCAAUAUGCUGUUGGUAACCUCUUCAUGAAGGGUGAUGCUGAAUCCGUAGAUGAAAGCAAGAAGGUAUUUGAACAACUUGCUGAGGCCCUUCAUCUCAAAGUACUCGGUUGGCGUACUGUCCCUCGUGAUUCUUCUAUCAUUGGCCCUGCUGCAAGAUCAAAGGAGCCUGCUAUCGAACAGCCUUUUGUUGUCUUGGCUGAUCAAUCCAAGGAAUUUGAUGAACCCUACUUCGAACGUCAGCUCUAUGUCCUUCGCAAGCAUGCUACUCAUACCCUUACCAUGAAGAAAUGGUUCUAUAUCUGUUCUCUUUCAAACAAGAAUAUUGUCUACAAGGGCCAGUUGACUCCCAAGCAGGUCUACCUCUAUUUCCACGAUUUGAACAAUGUGCAAUAUACAACCCAUUUUGCCCUCGUUCACUCUCGUUUCUCCACAAACACUUUUCCUUCCUGGGAUCGUGCUCAACCCAUGCGUUGGUGUGCUCAUAACGGUGAAAUCAAUACCGUACGUGGAAAUAAGAAUUGGAUGCGUUCUCGCGAAGGUGUAAUGGCAUCUGACAAGUUUGGUAACGAGCUGGACUUACUUUACCCUAUCAUCGAAGAAGGCGGUUCUGACUCUGCUGCAUUCGAUAACGUCCUUGAAUUGCUCGUCAUCAACGGUGUCUUGACCUUACCUGAAGCCGUCAUGAUGAUGAUUCCCGAAGCUUGGCAGAACCAUGAACAAAUGAGUCCUGAAGUCAAAGCCUUUUAUCAAUGGGCUGCUUCUCUCAUGGAACCUUGGGAUGGUCCCGCUCUUUUCACCUUCUCUGACGGUCGUUACUGUGGUGCCUCCUUGGAUCGUAACGGUCUUCGUCCUUGCCGUUACUACUUGACUUCUGACGAUAUCAUGAUCUGUGCUUCUGAGGUUGGUACUGUUUUCAUUGAUCCCGAAACGGUUGUCGAAAAGGGUCGUUUGAAGCCCGGCCGUAUGCUGUUGGUAGAUACCGUCGAAGGCAUCAUUGUUGAUGACAAGCAGCUCAAACUUCAAACCGCUGCUAAGCGCAACUUCCAGGAAUGGAUCAAGAACCAAAAUAUUGUUCUCAAGGACAUUGUUGAAAAAACAGAUCAAGUACAACAAAUUCCUGCUCUUGAUGAAACCACUGUUCAGGCCGAUCCUCGUCUCAAGGCCUUUGGCUACACCUUGGAACAACUCAACUUGAUCAUGGUUCCCUUGGCUUCUACUGGUAAGGAGCCUUUGGGUUCUAUGGGUAAUGAUACUGCUCUCGCUUGUCUUGCCGAGCAACCUCGUUUGAUUUACGAAUACUUCCGUGAACUUUUUGCUCAAGUCACUAAUCCUCCCAUUGAUCCUAUUCGUGAAGAAAUCGUCAUGUCGCUUGAGUGCUACGUUGGUCCCAAGGGUAACAUUUUGGAAAUGGAUGAAAGCCAGUGUCAUCAAUUAGCCUUGCCUUCUCCUAUUCUUUCUAUGCAAGAGUUGGCUGCUAUCAAGUCCAUGUCCGAUGUCCAUCCUUCUUGGAAGGUUCAGACGAUUGACAUCACUUUUGCCAAGUCUGAAGGCGUUGAAGGCUACGUCAAUACUCUGGAGCGCAUCUGUAAGGAGGUCUCUACCGCUAUUGAUGACGGAUACAAGAUCAUUGUUCUCUCUGAUCGUGCUGUGAACGCUGAGCGUGUGGCCAUCUCUUCCUUGAUCGCUGCUGGUGGUGUUCAUCACUACUUGGUUCGUAGCAAGCAACGUAGUCGUAUUGCCUUGAUGGUUGAAACCGGUGAAGCCCGUGAAGUCCACCACUUUUGUGUUCUCUUGGGUUAUGGUGUUGAUGCUGUCUGUCCUUACUUGGCUAUGGAAGCUAUGGUCAAGCUUUGCCGCGAAAAGGCUGUUCAUGAAGGUUUGACACCUGAGAAGCUCAUCUAUAACUUUAAGAAGGGUAUCGACAAUGGUAUUCUCAAGGUUAUGUCCAAGAUGGGUAUCUCUACCUUAGCCUCUUACAAGGGUGCCCAAAUCUUUGAAGCUCUCGGUGUUGAUGACAGUGUCAUCUCUCGCUGCUUCUCCGGCACUGCUUCUCGUAUCAAGGGUGUCACCUUUGACAUCUUUGCCUUGGACGCGCUCACUCUUCAUGAAACUGGUUAUCCUAGCCGUAACACUGUUCAGCCAGUUGGCCUUCCUGAAUCUGGUGAAUACCACUGGCGUGAUGGUGGUGCUCCUCACAUUGCUGAACCUAAUGGUAUUGCUAACCUCCAAGAUGCUGUUCGUCAAAAGAAUCAAUCCUCUUAUGAUGCUUACUCUCGCAAUGCUUAUGAAGCCAUCAAGAAGUGUACUCUCCGUGGUAUGCUCGAUUUUGACUAUGACAAUGCCAAGUCUAUUCCUAUUGAUCAGGUCGAAUCUUGGGACAAGAUUGUCAAGCGCUUUGUCACUGGUGCCAUGUCUUAUGGUUCUAUUUCGAUGGAAGCCCACUCUUCCUUGGCUCUUGCCAUGAACAAAUUAGGAGGUAAAUCCAACACAGGUGAAGGUGGUGAGAAGCCCGAGCGAUCAAAGCCUCUUGACAAUGGUGAGUCCAUGCGUUCUGCCAUCAAGCAAGUUGCAUCUGGUCGCUUUGGUGUCACUAGCUUCUACCUCUCUGACUCUGAUGAACUGCAGAUCAAGAUGGCUCAAGGCGCCAAGCCUGGUGAAGGUGGUGAAUUGGCUGGUAGCAAAGUGUCUGAAGAAAUCGCCAGCACCAGAAAGACAACUCCUGGUAUUGGUCUUAUCUCUCCUCCUCCUCACCACGAUAUUUACUCUAUCGAAGACUUGAAGCAACUGAUCUAUGACUUGAAGUGCUCUAACCCUCGCGCUCGUGUCUCUGUCAAACUUGUAUCUGAAGUCGGUGUGGGUAUUGUUGCUGCUGGUGUUGCCAAGGCUAAGGCUGAUCAUAUUCUUAUCUCUGGUCACGAUGGUGGUACUGGUGCUUCUCGAUGGACUGGUAUCAAGUACGCUGGUCUUCCUUGGGAAUUGGGUCUUGCUGAAACUCAUCAGACCUUGGUUCUUAACGACUUGCGUGGUCGUGUCAUCGUUCAGACAGAUGGUCAAAUCAAGACAGGUCGUGAUAUUGCUAUUGCCUGUUUACUUGGUGCCGAAGAAUGGGGAUUUGCUACUACACCUCUUAUCGCUCUUGGUUGUAUCAUGAUGAGAAAGUGUCACUUGAACACUUGCCCUGUCGGUAUUGCUACUCAAGAUCCCGAGUUGCGUAAGAAGUUUGAAGGUUCUCCUGAACACGUCAUCAACUUCUUCUACUACCUUGCUGAAGAAUUACGUAGCAUCAUGGCUAAGCUUGGUUUCCGUACAAUUAAUGAAAUGGUCGGCCGUGCUGACAUGCUCAAGGUCAACGAAUCCCUUCGUACCUUCAAGACUGCCAACUUGGACUUGUCUCCCAUCUUGACACCUGCCUCUUCUCUUCGUCCUAACGUUGCCAACUACUGUGUCACCAAGCAGAAGCAUAAUCUCCACAUUCGUUUGGACAAUUACUUUAUUGAAGAAGCUGAAAGUGCCUUGACUAACAAGGAAAAGGUCUACAUUGAAGCUGAUGUUGUCAACACCGAUCGUGCCUUGGGUACUACUCUCUCUUAUCAUGUCUCUAAGCGUCAUGGCGAAAACGGUUUACCUUCCGAUACGAUCCACAUCAAGUUGAAGGGAUCUGCUGGUCAAUCUCUUGGUGCCUUCCUUGCUCCUGGUAUCUUCUUUGAAUUGGAAGGUGACUCAAACGAUUAUGUCGGUAAAGGUCUUUCUGGUGGUAAAAUCGCCAUUUAUCCUCCCAAGUCAUCUACCUUCAAGUCUGAAGACAAUGUUAUUGUUGGUAACGUCUGUUUGUAUGGUGCCACCAGUGGUAAGGCCUUCUUCCGUGGUAUUGCCGCUGAACGUUUCUGUGUACGUAACUCUGGUGCUCAUGCUGUCUGUGAAGGUGUUGGUGAUCACGGUUGUGAAUAUAUGACAGGUGGUCGUGUUGUCAUCCUCGGCAGCACCGGUCGUAACUUUGCUGCUGGUAUGUCUGGUGGUAUCGCUUAUGUCUUGGAUGUCAAUGAUCAAUUCAAGAAGAAUGUCAACUUGGAAAUGGUUGAACUUGAUACUGUCAAUGAUGAAGAACGUAUCGCUGAAUUACGUGAUCUGAUUGAGGACCACCGUCACUACACUGGCUCUGAAGUCGCUGAUCGUGUGCUCAAGAACUUUAAUGAAUAUCUUCCCAAGUUCGUCAUGGUCAUGCCUACUGAAUACCGUGCUCUUUUGGAAAAGCAACGUGCUGAAAAGAAUGCUGCUGCUGCUCCUAAGCCUUGCGAAGAAAUUCACAAGAAGAAGGCUGAGCCUCAGGUUGAAGAUCUUGAAGACAGUGUCUUGGCCGAAGAAGCUGUUCUUGCCCGUCGUGCCAAGUUGGAUAAGGUCCGUGGUUUCAUGAAGUACAAGCGCAGAACUGACCGCUACCGUGAUGCUAAGAAGCGUUUGGGUGACUGGGAAGAAAUCAACGAUCGCUUGACUCGUAGCCAACUUCAUGAACAAGCUGCUCGUUGUAUGGACUGUGGCGUUCCCUUCUGUCAAUCUGACACUGGUUGCCCCAUCGGUAACAUCAUUCCCAAGUGGAAUGAACUUGUGUACAAGGAUAACUGGAAGGAAGCUCUUGAUCGUCUUUUGAUGACCAACAACUUCCCUGAAUUCACAGGCAGAGUUUGUCCUGCUCCUUGUGAGAAUGCUUGUGUUUUGGGUAUUACUGAACCUCCUGUUGCUAUCAAGAGCAUUGAAUGUGCCAUCAUUGACCGUGCCUUCCAAGAAGGUUGGAUCGUUGCCCAGCCUCCUGCUCAACGUACUGGUAAGAAGGUUGCCAUCAUUGGCUCUGGUCCUGCUGGUUUAGCUGCUGCUGAUCAAUUGAACAAGGCUGGUCAUCUUGUCACCGUUUAUGAUCGUAAUGACCGUAUGGGUGGUCUCUUGAUGUAUGGUAUCCCCAAUAUGAAGCUCGACAAGAAGAUUGUUCAACGUCGUAUUGACCUCAUGGCUGCUGAAGGCAUCACAUUUGUUUCCAAUGCUCAUAUUGGUGUUGACGUUGAUGCCAACGCUAUUCGUGAAGAAAACGAUGCUCUGAUCGUUGCUACUGGUGCUACCUGGCCACGCGAUCUCAAGAUCCCUGGUCGUGAAUUGGAUGGUAUUCAUUUUGCCAUGGAGUUCUUACAAGCCAAUACCAAGUCUCUUUUGGACAGUGACCUCAAGGACGGUCAAUACCUCUCUGCUAAGGAUAAGCAUGUUAUUGUUAUUGGUGGCGGUGACACAGGUAAUGACUGUAUCGGUACCUCUCUUCGUCAUGGCUGUAAGUCUGUUGUCAACUUUGAAUUGCUUCCUCAACCUCCCAACACACGUGCACCUGAUAACCCAUGGCCACAGUUCGCUAGAGUCUUCAAGGUCGAUUACGGUCACUCUGAAGUCAUUGCUCAAACCGGACGCGAUCCUCGUGAAUACUGUGUCUUGUCUAAGCGCUUUGUGGGUAAUGCUGAUGGUAAAUUAACUGGUAUUGAAACUGUUCGUGUUGAAUGGAUCAAAUCUGAAGACGGCAAAUGGUCUAUGAAGGAAGUUCCUGGAUCUGAACAAUUCUUUGAAGCCGAUCUUAUCUUGCUCUCCAUGGGCUUCUUGGGCCCAGAGACUAGCCUGAUCAAGCAGCUCGAAUUGAAGCAAGAUGUCCGUUCCAACAUUGAAACACCCAAGUCCAAGUACAGCACAUCUGUUCCUGGUGUCUAUGCUGCUGGUGACUGUCGCCGUGGUCAAUCAUUGAUUGUUUGGGGUAUUAAUGAAGGAAGACAAUGUGCUCGUGAAGUAGAUGCUGAUCUGAUGGGCAACACUUACUUGCCAGUUCCUGGUGGUAUUCAGCAACGUAUUGUUGAAGCCAUUGAAGUAUGUAAUUAAAUUGUGUAAAUUUAUAAAUAUAAUAUAAAUAAUAAAAAUACAGUAUCAAAAUAUUCUAUUAUGUUAAAUCAAAAACGUAAAAAAAAGUCUAACUGCUUAC